AUGUCGCUCCAAAACUACACCAAGCUCGAAAAGGUCGGAGAGGGCACCUAUGGUGUCGUCUACAAGGCGGUGGACCUCCAGUCGGGCAACUUUGUUGCGCUCAAGAAGAUCCGUCUCGAGGCCGAGGACGAAGGCGUCCCCUCGACGUCUAUCCGUGAGAUCUCGCUCCUCAAGGAACUGAGCAAGGACGACAACAUUGUCAAGCUCCUUGACAUUGUCCACCAGGACGCCAAGCUCUACCUCGUGUUCGAAUUCCUCGACCUCGACCUGAAGCGUUACAUGGACUCGCUUCCGGACAAGGAGGCUCUCCCGCCCAACCUCGUCAAGAAGUUCACCUACCAGCUCAUCAAGGGCCUGUUCUACUGUCACGUCCACCGUGUCCUCCACCGUGACCUCAAGCCCCAGAACCUCCUGAUUGACAAGGAGGGCAACCUCAAGCUUGCCGACUUUGGCCUGGCCCGCGCAUUCGGUAUCCCGCUGCGGACGUACACGCACGAGGUCGUCACCCUCUGGUACCGCGCCCCAGAGGUCCUCCUCGGCUCACGUCACUACUCGACCGCCAUCGACAUGUGGUCGGUCGGCUGCAUCUUUGCAGAGAUGGCCAUGCGUUCGCCCCUCUUCCCCGGCGACUCUGAGAUUGACGAGAUUUUCCGCAUCUUCCGUCUACUCGGAACACCGGACGAGGAGAGCUGGCCUGGUAUCCGCAGCCUGCCCGACUACAAGUCGUCGUUCCCCCAGUGGCACCAGGCAGAACUCGGCGGCGCCGUCUCUGGUCUCGACGCCAACGGCCUCGACCUUCUUGCGCAGACACUUAUUUACGACCCCGCCCAGCGCAUCUCGGCAAAGCGUGCACUGCAGCACCCCUACUUUGCCACCUCGGUGGCCGCCGCCGCCAACGGCACUGCCUAG